UCUAGAUAUAGUCUAGGUUGACCAGAAUUAGAAUCUAGAUAUGUGAGAUGUGAACCCUCAAAUGGAUGACCAAAGUGGUUCCGCAGAAAUGCCAGAAAGAUGAAAAUUGUAUACAAUUAAAAUAACUUCUUCAAUAAAAGCCAGCUUGAUGGCCAGAUAGGACUAAAUGCAGACCACCCCUGUCCCUUACGUCAACCCCUCUGCUGUGACAUUUUACCUUGAUGGAUGUAAACAAGCACAAAAUUUUGAAAUACUGAAUCCAUUUUCACAAGAUUUUUUAUUCAAAGUGGACAAUGCCCAUCCUGACAAAUACAGAGUGUCCCUUUCCCAAGGGGUGGUCUGUAGCCAUCAAAAGGUUAUUGUUGAGGUUAGCUGUAUCUCCAGUGUUAUAUCAUCCAAUGAAUCUAUACAAGUGAGGUUUUUUAAAUCAUCCCGUCCACGACAUGGACAAAAACCUAAAGCUCAACUAUAUAUAGGGUAUCGGGUGGUUAAUCUGAACAUAUUUCAUAAUGCAAGUGAAAGAGAAAGAACACCAUCUGAUCAUGGAUCUAGCAGAUCUGGUGGGAGUAACCUGUCAAAAGAGAACCCUAACUUAGGCAGCACAAACAUAAGUUCUAACAGCAGUGACUUUGGCCAAGGCAGCUCAGACACAUGUGCACGCAAGCGAGUGAUCACAGAUAUAAUUAUUACCAUCUGCUUGCUAGUGUUGGGCGUUGUCUUUAAGUACAUUAAUGAAGACUGGUUUUUAGUUAAUGUAUUAGAUGAAGUGAAGCCACAGACAUUAGCCAUCGUUUUCUUCACUCUGGCAUGUGUAAUGAUGCUGAAACUGUUAACCUUCAGAUGAUAUGAAAAUAUCAUACAAGCUUAACUGACAAAUAUAAAUAUAACAUCACACCAUCGAGCCUUUCGUCCAUCAAUUGAAAUAAAGAAUUUUGCAUUUUAUGUCAUCAAAUUUACUCUUUUUUUUUUUUUUUUUUUUUUAAUAAACUGUGUCAAUUUUUCUUUUUUAAAUAUAGUUUUAACUUGCAAGUUCUGUUUUGCAUUUGUCAUUUUAUGGAGGACUGAGAUUAACAAUUAGUAGUACUGGUUUUGGUUCAUUAAACUUAACAUUGCCUGUGAUUACAACUCUAUGACUUGCUGCUUUGUCUAGGAAUGUCAUUCAUGGCACAUCUACAUCUUUUCUGAUUUACUUUAGCUUGUCAUUACAGACUAUUUCUAGCUGCUCCAAGAAAAUGUUAGAAAUUGUAUAGAUUUUUCUAAAUUUAUUUUUCUCUUACUAGAAAAAAAAAACUCUUGAUUUUUUUAAAUAGGACGCUGACCGUGUCUAAUUCUUUAAUUAAUAACUUGUGCUUAAAUUUCAUUUUGAGUUUAAAAUUCAGGUCUGAUGAAACUGGAAAAUUAGCUAAGUGUAGUUUCCUGCUCAGAACAGAUUGUAAAUUUAAUAAUUUAAGGCAUUUUUAUCAAGUCUAAAGAUUAAGCAAGAGUGCAGUAUUAUAAGUUUUUAUAAACAUAUACUUCAACAUCUUAGAAAGGUCUGUUUGAAGUACUGGGUACCUAAUUAAAGUCAGUGAGUUUAAAUUUUUAAUAAAAAUAUACACUUUUGCAUUACUUUUAAUAUAUUAAUAUACUCAUUUUAUUUCAUUCUUUGGCAUUUUCUUUUAUUUGUUGUUUGCACAACUAAUGUUUUUGGUUUUGUUAUAUGUGUUUUUGCUGAAAGGAAUAUUGUUUUAAAUCUAAAUUUAAAAACAAUAAUCCAGUCAUUGUUCUUGCUGAAACAAUUUUUAUUUUCAACACUUAAGGUUGAUGACUUGAAAUAAGUUUCAGUUUUGUAUUUAUUUUUUUUUACAUUUAUGCAAUUGUAGUAAAUUUAAUGGUUUUGCUGGUCUUCAGUCCAUUUGACAUCAUUGUAAACUAUGGCAUUAUUUACAGCUGGGUGCACUUAAGAUCAGAUUAAUAGACUUGAAAUAUUUUAUUCACCUGCACGUGCAAUGUGCAAGGCUAGAUUGUUAUAUAGAAAAAGUAUAGAAUUAUUUUAUCUUUUUUUUUUUGCUAAGCUCAUCAGAAUUCAAUUUCAGAUGAUUUCAGUUUAACAAAGUUUCUAAUAGUACAGUUGUUGUUUUUUUGUUCAUUUUAUUUAUUAUUAAUUUAACAUCUAUUUAUGUUACAUUAUGAAAGCAUUAUAGUUUGUGGUUCAUUAUUUUAUUUUUUAAUGCUGUACACUAUAUUUGUUUCUUACUAUAAUUAGCAUCAAUUUGAGUCUAGAUUAAAUACCACAAUUUACCUCAGUGUUGUAAAUAUUAAGCAGAUUUUUUGUUUCAUUUUGUCUUACUAAUACUUUGUGAAAACUAAAACUUUUGACAUUUUGACCUUAGAAGGUCAGUUGUAUUUAUAAUGGAUCUAACUUGUCUCUUUGUAUAAAGUUUUAAAAUAUUUUGUUCAAUGCUGACAGAGGUUGUGUGCUGAUUUGAAGAUCUUCUCAGUGCUUGAGUUCCAGUACUUAAAGUCACAAUAUACUCAUUUAUAUCAGUGUCAUUUGUUUGUGUAUUUAAGUUAACAUAACUUUAGUGGCUGAAUGGUUAGUGCUUGACUGCUGAAUGGAGGAUCUCAGGGUUUACUCCUCUGCAGGCUGGGACUUAAAAAGUAGUAUUAUUGGGGAUGUUCUCAGUUUACCCUGCUCUAUUGGUACCUAACAUCUGUUCAGCUUUUCUUAUUCUGUGGGGUGGAUAUGCUGACAAGAGGGACAUGAAGAAGUUGUAAAUCUACAUGUUAGUAUUGAUCAAGUAAAACAAUACCAAUAUUAGUAAUGUUUUUUCUUCUUCUUUUUGUAAUAUCUGAAAUGUAAAGGGAAAAGAUUACAACAGAAAUACUUCAUUUCAAAAUAAUUUUAUCUGAUACCUUUGUUCUGACCAAUUCUCUUUUAUAUAGUUAGUUGCUGGUGUUAAUUAGUUACCUUUUUUGAGUAGAGUUGGAUAAAGUAUGUCUUGGACACUAGUUUUUAAAUGAUAUUUUUGAGCAUGUAAGUAACAACAAUUGUCAUCAAAAUGUGAGCGUGGGCUUAAUAAAUCAAGAGUGAGAGUGAACAUUUGACCAUGUUCAUUAUACUAAAUAUGUUUUAAAUAUAAGAGUUUGACAAAAGUGUGUAGUAUUUAUUUCUGUCAUAACCCAUCUUUGAUGACAGUUUAGUGGGAAUGCUAAAUAGUUUGUGAUGUUUCUUCUAGCAUGCACUAAUAAUGGUUGGUUUUAGUCAUUAAAUAUUUAGUAAACUUGUAACCUUAAAAAUAGCAAUGUAGAUCUUUCUUUUAUUUGUUUGGCAAUGCUGUGAAUUGAAUUGUGUGUUAGUGUAAGUUUUACAUUUGUAAAAUAAAAACAUCAACCCAAGUCA